AUGCGGGGCAACCGGAAGCUUAGUGUGGCCCAACAAGCAUUUCUAGCAAAUUGCAUUAAGGCUAACAUUGGUUCUUCCACCGGGUUUAGGUUAUGUAAGGAGGUGGCCGGUUCGUAUGAGAAUGUUGGUGCAACGGACAUGGAGUUCCAUAAUUUUAAACGGGACUUGCAAUCGUAUGUUGAUGUGGUUGACGGUGAGAUGAUUAUCGAAAGGUUCAAAACAAAGCGUGAAGUCUGCGACAGGUUCUUUUUCGAUUACCACCUCGAUGAAGAAAAUCGGCUUGCACGACUCUUUUGGGCGGACCCUAUUGGUAGGGGGAGUUUUUCUUGUUACGGUGAUGUGAUCUCGUUCGACGCCACGUAUAGCACGAACAGAUAUAGUUUGGUGUUUGUGCUAUUUACUGGAGUGGACAACCACAAGCGCUGCAUUACUUUCGCCGCCGGGUUAAUCACUAAAGAAGAUGUGGAAUCGUACAGUUGGCUGCUAGAGAGAUUCAUUGGUGCAAUGGGGAAGCCCCCUUUAUGUGCUGUCACCGAUCAGGACCCAGCUAUGAAGAUUGCUAUGGACCAAGUUAUACCUGAGUGUCGCCACCGUUAUUGUAUGUGGCACAUUAUGACAAAGGUUAGUGAAAAAGUCGGGCCUGAGUUAGCAAAGAAUGAGGUGUUCCGCAAGAGUUUGAAUGAUAUUGUUUGGAAUGAAAGGAUCUCCAGCAGUGAUUUCGAAGUGCAAUGGCAGCUGCUAAUGGAAGAAUGCAACUUGUCUGAGCACCGUUGGUUUCGUAAGUUGUUUGCAGAACGAGAGCAUUGGAUCCCUGCGUUUUUCUCUGAUUUGCCAAUGAGUGGGUUGCGCCACAAGCAAGCUAAAUUAGAUGCCCAGUGCGAGGGGUACUUGCCCGAGUUUAAAACCCCUUUGGCGUUAGAGCGGGACAUCGCAAAAUUGUUUACACUCGCUAUUUUCUAUGAUAUGCAACCAGAGAUUGAUGCUGCCUGUUUCUAUUGCGAAGUUGUAGAUAUCCGUAAGGAUGGUACGGACAUUUAUUAUGACAUUACGGGUGAUUCCACCACCACGUACACUGUACACUACAAGCCAGAUGGGUGUAUUGCUUUUUGCAGUUGCAAGAUGUUCCAACGAAUGGGGUUGAUUUGCCGGCAUAUGUUCUUGGUGUUCAAAGGAGCACAUCUAGAGCAGUUACCAUCCCAGUACAUCAUGGAUCGUUGGCGCAAACACCUGAGUUGCGGUGCUUGUCGAGGGCGACAUCCCAACGAACACGUCCCACAAACAAGAGCAACAGAAGUAUGGUCUGAGAUCAACACGUGUGUAGGGCUGGUGGGUGAGAGCACGGCGCGUCAAGCCCGAAUGGUGCAGGUAUUGAAAGAAUUGAGCAAGGAAUUUGCAUGCGACGGUACAAACACCGGCACCGCAAAGGGUAACAGUGCUGCGAUCGCGGCAUUAUGUGGGGUACAGCCACCGCAAUCAAUAACCAUUAAACCCCCGGCCCAAGCUAAGAACAAAGGUAGUGGGAAGCGUCUUAAAAGCAACCGCGAGAUAGCCAUAGAGAACAGUGCUAAAGUUGGCCGAAAGUGUGGGUUGUGCGGUGAGUAUGCCUGUCAUAAUGCUCGUAGUUGUCCUUCCAGGUGCAAUAUGGUUUAG